CUGCUGUGGCUCUCAGGAGCCAUUUUGGACGCUGUUCAGCUUUUCGCAUUUCAGUCCCUCCUGCCCCCUCCAACUGCCCCGGCAGAGGGGGAGAAACACACGAGCUCGUGCACACAAGGGGGCUUCGCUUCUACUCCAAGCGUCCGCCAAACUCUCGCUCCUCCACGCUGGCCCGGGCAGGAUGAACUGCUGGAUGAUUGUGGCAUCAGGGACUUUAUUUCCGAUCAGCUCGCUUCUAAAGGAAACAUUGUGUUGUUGUGAAUGAGCGCUCGUGUUGUUAUUGUAGCGUUGAAGAAACGCGCGCAGGCCCGCGGCUCCUUCGCGUUCAUGUGUUUUAUUUCAUUCUUAAAUGCUUUCACGGCAUAAAGGACAACAUUUAGCGCCAGGAUCCUCGAAGGAAGGAAUAUGUUUGUUCCCUGGCUGACUUUUGCACUCAUCUGGUGCACAGGAGCCAGUCAUGCGGAGGUGGCGACCAGAGAGUGCGUCUACUACAAUGAUAACUGGCGGACAGAGAAAACCAAUCAGAGUGGCUUUGAGAGGUGUGAGGGGGAGAAGGACAAGAGACUGCACUGUUACGCCUCCUGGCUGAACUCCACCGGGACCAUCCGCCUGGUCAAGAAAGGCUGCUGGCUCGACGACUUCAACUGUUACGACAGACAGGAGUGUGUGGCCACAGAAGAGAGUCCGCAGGUGUUUUUCUGCUGCUGUGAGGGAAACUAUUGCAACGAGAAGUUCACACACCUGCCAGAAGCCAUCGCCCCCGCAGUAAAAAUCCAGCCUCCAGACCCGGGCCCGUCUCUCUUUGGCGUGCUGGUUUAUUCCCUUCUUCCUCUGGCCAUUCUCUCUCUGGUCCUGGUGCUCGCCUGCUGGACGUACCACCAACGGAAACCACCCUACAGACACGUCGACAUUGGCCAGGAUGCUGGUCUUCCUCCACCGUCUCCUCUGGUUGGACUGAAGCCUCUGCAGUUGCUGGAGUUGAAGGCUAGGGGGCGCUUUGGCUGUGUGUGGAAGGCCCAGUCACUGAGCGAAUAUGUGGCGGUGAAAAUAUUUCCCAUCCAGGACAAGCAGUCAUGGCAGAACGAAAGAGACAUUUACCUCACAGAGGGUUUUAAACACGAGAAUAUUCUACACUACAUCUCAGCUGAAAAACGAGGCACCAACCUCCAGAUGGAGUUGUGGCUGGUCACAGAAUUCCACGAAAGGGGCUCGCUAACAGAUUACCUGAAGGGGAACCCGGUGAGCUGGCCUCAGUUGUGCCAUAUUUCUGCAAGUAUGUCCCGUGGCCUGGCGUACCUUCAUGAAGACCUUCCUUACCGUGCAGAGGGACCUAAACCAGCAAUUGCACACAGAGAUUUCAAGAGUAAGAAUGUCCUGCUCAAGAUGGAUUUAAGUGCAGUGAUUGCAGACUUUGGGUUAGCGGUCCGCUUUGAGCCUGGGAAACCGCCUGGAGACACACACGGUCAGGUGGGAACGCGCCGUUACAUGGCUCCAGAGGUGCUGGAGGGAGCCAUUAAUUUCCAAAGGGACGCCUUCCUAAGGAUCGACAUGUACGCUCUAGGACUGGUGCUCUGGGAACUGGUGUCUCGCUGCACCGCCUCUGAUGGUCCUGUAGGUGAGUACCAGCUGCCCUUUGAGGAGGAGUUGGGCCAGCACCCUUCCCUGGAGGACCUUCAAGACGCGGUGGUCCACAAGAAGAUACGGCCCAUCUUUAAAGACUGCUGGAUUAAACAUCCAGGUUUGGGCCAGUUAUGCGAGACCAUCGAGGAGUGCUGGGACCACGACGCCGAGGCUCGGCUCUCUGCGGGCUGUGUGGAGGAGCGCAUCUCCACCGCCUCCAAGGCACCCAACACCAUCAACACGUCUACCUCAGAGUGCCUGGUCUCCAUGGUCACGUCUGACAGCGACACGGACCUUCCUCCCAAAGAGUCCAGCACCUGAACCUGAACGCUGCAGAGUAAUCAACCUCUCCAGUAAUGUGAACUUUGCUGCUAAUUUGAUCUCUUGAUCGUCAUGUAUUUAAGUUUUUCGCAUCGUUGGAUCGGUUUCACCAGCACAUUCAACUACUGUAUUCUUCCUCUCGGAAGGCAGACACACAAAAAAAACCUCAAACGUGAGAAGACUGAACUCUCAGAGGGCAUUCAGGGGAUUGUUUCAGACUGCUGGGAUAUGAGCACACGUUACCUCAUCAGUUUUAAUGCCAUUUUUAUGUUGUUUUUUUGCCUUCACUCCAUGAAUACCUC